CACAGAGAGCUCUCCGAGACGGGCUGCAAGAUCAAUCUCCUCAUUGUCUACCUGUCCCUGGACGUCUCGGUGUGGAUUCUGGUGGCCUUCACCUUCGAGCGCAUCCUCUCGGUGUUCAUACCGCACAAGGUCAAACAUUACUGCUCGCGCGUGACGUCGCUCAUCGCCAUCGCUGCCAUCGUCGUCGUCUUCUUCGUCCUGAACAGCCACCUGCUGUACGGCAUGGUCGACCAGUCCGUGGCGAACUCCUCCGACGUCGACUUGGUCGUGGUGAGGCGGUGCGUUGCCCUGAAUGACGACUACAGUCUGUUCUUGGAGACGGCGUGGCCUUGGAUCGACUUCACGGUCUUCAGCCUGAUCCCGAUCCUCAUCCUCAGCAUUGGAAACACCUGCAUAAUCGUCCAGGUAAUGAUGAGUCGGAGAAAGACCGGCAGAGCUGGAAGAUUGGCCGCCGGCGCGGCCGCCUCCGGCACCAUCAACGCCGCCGGCGUGAAAUCUCAACCCGAAGCUGCGAACGGUGGUGGCGGGGAUCCGAAAUUGACGCUGCCGAGGCUGAGCAGGACGUCCUCCAUGACGGCGACACUCCUCGCGCUCAAUCUGGUGUUUCUGGUGACCACGGUGCCGGUCAGCAUUUACUUCAUCGUCACGCCGACGUGGCUAAGGCAGGUCGAGACGCCCACGGAUCUGGCCCGUUUGUACCUGACCUUCACCGUGCUCAACCUCAUCCAGUACGUAAACAACUCAAGCAACUUUGUCAUGUACUCCAUCGCGGGGUCGAGGUUCCGGCGCGAGCUGCGCAUUAUGUUCGCGAGGAAA